AUGGAUUUGAAACACUUUUUGCUAUCUGCAAUACUGUUGGUUUUACUUUCUUUGGCAGAUUCGAGGCCGACCGAACAAAAUAACACCCAAAAUGGGGGCGAAGUGAAAGUAGAUCCUGAAACACAGUUGCGAAGGGGCAAACGAGACUCGUGGUCGUACUCUUGGUCAGAGUCAAGCAGCCAUAGUUACUCGUCGUCAUCGAGCUACAGCUAUAGUUACAAAAGUUCAGGUUCGAGUCCCGUGAAGAUCAUAAUUGUGGGCAAUGGAAAUGGAAACAAGAACUAUAUCCAUACAAGAUAA